UAACGACGCCGUUUUGACGGAUCAACGUAUUCAUGGAUCACUUGUUGCCGGUCAGUUUCACCUUUCCAACCCUCCAAUUGUCCCCUAAAAACUAUGGUCUCGAAACGGCGUCGUUUAGGAAGUUUGGAAUCUUUGGAUUUACAUAGACGUUGCUGAUCUCCAAAACCCUCAUUCCGGAGUUGGUCGUUCCGCUGGAAAGCUUCAAAGGAUCAAGAGAGAUUGUCUUGUUGGGAACUCAAGGAAUAUGAAGCCCAUCUUUUGUGGCAACCUUGAGUAUGAUGCACGUCAGUCUGAUGUUGAGCGACUGUUCAGAAGAUAUGGGAAGGUUGAUAGGGUGGAUCUGAAGUCCGGUUAGUUGUUUUGCUGCUUGAGUUAGUUUUUCCUUUUACUUUAAAUCCUGUAAAAGUUUUGUUGUUUCAAAUUGAUAGUUGUCUUGUCCUUCAUUACCAUAUCAGUGUCUAUUGGCUACCUUUAAAUCUUGGUUUUUGUCAUUACUUUUGUCAUUUACUGUGGUUGGAUGUCGAAGCCACCUAUGGCAGCAAGCUGUUACAAUUAGAAGCAUCAACCAGCUCUUGGUUUCGGCUAAUGGUUUUAGUAAUGUUCAAUUUUGGAUUUAUGAGCGUAUGGUUUCAGCAUUAAGGAACGAUCAUGAUUUUGCAGUAAUGUAGAAAAUCUUGGACUGGUUUGUGAAUGAAGUGUCGUUUUAUGACACCUUAUGUUGAGAUACUUUGUGUUGAGAAGAACUGAACAUUAUUAUACAUGCGUAUAACAUCUGGUGGUCCCUACUAGAUAGAAGUUCAUAAUAGAAUGCAGAUUAUAAGAUUCUGCAGUGGGUCCUACAGGGACAAAGCAAUUCAACAUGGGAUUGAUGCCCUCGUACAAAUGUGGGAGCUUUCUACUUUCUCUGGUUCCUCCGUUGCAUGGCUGCAACAUUGUUCAGACUACACGACACAGCAAUUAAAGUGCCUUCUCUUGUUGAGUCCUAAUGGGGUUUCAGGAUAUAGCUAAUAAAGGGGAAAUUAUCAUGUACAACCAUUGAAAAAAUAAUCUUUUUAAAACGAACUCAUUGACCCUUUUUCCUAUCAGUUAGACCACAUGAAGAUGAAAAAUUCCAGUUACAUUUAUUUUCUUAAUUCUGUCUGUCGAUCAGUGACCUUUUUGUGGUGAAAAAAAUAAAAUUGUUUUGCUCCUAAAACAGCAUUGCAGAUAUGCCCUGUUGUUGUCAAUGGAAGGACUAAAAUGCUCAUAUAAUUUGUGCUCUCCCUCGUGGCUGUGGAUUUUGAAUAUACCUUGAAAUUUGCAUCUAAUUUCAUCCUUUUCAGCAUAGAUGUUAAGGAACAUACUAUCUGGCAGCCGCUAUGGAGAGGUCUGAGCUAAUAGUUAAAAGGGUCAACAUGUUUUUUGAAAUAAUUAAUCUUUAAAUGGUUGUAUCUGUCAUUUUCCCUUUAAGACAACAACUCUUUUGUUGAAGCAUAAAACCCCCAUACUCAACAAUUUCUUUGACGCAGGAUUACUUGGAAUGCCCAUGCUCUUAUUGGAUGGAUGGGCCCUUCUGCAUUUCUUUUCUAGCAUUUGCCCAGACUUCGCCUUCCUGUGUUUUUCUGGAAGAACCAAUCUGAUCUGCAAUGGCACUACCAUCCUACAUUCCCUGAGACACCAUUGCCUUUUCAUUCCUCAUGACCUUUGCUCAGUCCUCAAUUUCCGACAUGUUUCAACAUAGAAAUCAAUGCUGAUCUCGCAGCCAGUGGCAGGAUUUGCUUUUGUUUAUAUGGAUGAUGAACGAGAUGCAGAGGAUGCAAUUCGAAGACUUGACAGGACAGUAUUUGGCAGAAAGGGGCGUCAACUUCGUGUUGAAUGGACAAAGCAAGAACGAGGGAUUAGAAGGCCUGGUGGUUCAAGAAAAUCUUCAGCUAAUAUGAAACCCUCAAAAACCUUGUUUGUGAUUAAUUUUGAUCCAAUUCAUACUCGGACCAGGGAUCUGGAGAGGCACUUUGACCUAUAUGGGAAAAUAUUGAACAUAAGGAUCAGAAGGAAUUUUGCAUUCAUUCAGUUUGAAUCACAGGAGGAUGCCACCAAAGCAUUGGAUGCAACAAACAUGAGCAAGUUCAUGGAUCGGGUUAUUUCAGUAGAAUAUGCGGCUCGAGAUGAUGAUGAUGAUAGAAGAAAUGGGUAUAGCCCUGAAAGAAGAGGACGUGACAUGUCUCCUGAUAGGAGAAGUCAUGAUCGAGGGCGAUCCCCAAGUCCAUACCAUAGGGAUAGGGCUAGCCCAGACUAUGGGCAUGGAGCAAACGCAAAUUCCAGGUCUGAACCGCGAGGAAGCCCUAACUAUGACAGAGAUGAAAGCCCAGUCAAUGAGAGAUACCACAGCCGAUCACCCCCACCACGUGAAAGAUCCCGAUCUUGAGAAGACACAGAAGGGGGGCUCCAGGGUGACUGAUUAGUGGGACAUUUCUGUCCUUAAAACUUUGUUACGGCCUCUGAUUUUCAGGGCCUGGUUGUUCAACUCAUAUACGUGUCCUAAUGACGAUCAUUAAGAUUUUGAACUGUGACACGCUUCUGAACUUGUAGGUGUGAUGUUUCUUGUAUUAGUUCUGGUUCCUUGAACUUUCAUUCUCCAUGUUUUGAAUCCUUAAGGGUUUUGAGAUUUCAUUAUUUUAAAGUUUAAGAACAAUCGUCUUAGGAGGCUCAGUGGCUGAAUUGAAAUUUUCUUCUACAA